GCCAUGGCUGUGGGCAUCACCCACGUCCUGACCCUGCUGAGCAUCCUGCAAUACACGCUGAAGGUGGAAAGCAGUGACACCCCCAAAGACAUCGCAGCCAUCCCCAAGUGCCCUGCGCCCUGCCCGGAGGCCAGCCCUGCCGAGCCGCUGCCCAACGGGGACGUGGAGGGGGACAGUGCCCAGUGGAAGGGCGCGGAGGAGGGCGGCGCGAGCCCCAAGGGCGGGCGCCCCGAGGAGGACGAGACGGAGAGCCUGCCGGACGGCGAGACGGGCCGGGCGCUGGAGAACGGCCGCUGCACCCCCAAGGAAGGCCUGGACGCCCCGGCCGAUGAGGGUGAGCUGGCCCCUUCCGACCCCCAGAAGAAACGCGGGAGGAGGAAACUCCUGGAGGCCGCAGAGAAAACCCGGCGGCGGGGCGCCGGCGGGCGGCUGCGGGCUGGGUGCGGCGGGGAGUCGAGCCUGCGGCAGCGGCCCAUGCAGCGGCACACCUUCCAGGCCGGGGACCCCUACUACAUCAGCAAGAGGAAGCGGGACGAGAAGCGGGACGAGUGGCUGGCCCGCUGGAAGAGGGAGGCGGAGAAGAAGGCGAAGGUGAUCGCCGUGAUGAACGUGGUGGAGGAGACGCCGCGGGCCGAGCCCCAGAAGGAGGAGGAGGCCAGUCCCCCCGCCUCGCAGCAGCCCACCGACCCCGCCUCGCCCAACGUGGCCACCACGCCUGAGCCAGUGGUGGCCGACGCCGUCGACAAGAACACCUCCAAGUCGGCCGACGACGAGCCCGAGUACGAGGACGGCCGGGGCUUCGGCAUCGGCGAGCUGGUGUGGGGCAAGCUGCGCGGCUUCUCCUGGUGGCCUGGGCGCAUCGUCUCCUGGGGGAUGACGGGCCGGAGCCGGGCAGCCGAGGGCACCCGCUGGGUGAUGUGGUUCGGGGACGGCAAGUUCUCGGUGGUCUGCGUGGAGAAGCUCCUGCCGCUCAGCUCCUUCGCCAGCGCUUUCCACCAGGCCACCUACAACAAGCAGCCCAUGUACCGCAAAGCCAUCUACGAGGUGCUGCAGGUGGCGAGCAGCAGAGCGGGGAAGAUCUUCCCGGCGUGCCCCGAGAACGACGAGACAGACACCUCCAAGGUGGUGGAGAUCCAGAACAAGCAGAUGAUCGAGUGGGCCCUGGGCGGCUUCCAGCCCUCCGGCCCCAAGGGCCUGGAGCCCCCCGAAGAGGAGCGAAACCCCUACAAAGAAGUUUACACGGAGAUGUGGGUAGAGCCAGAAGCAGCCGCCUACGCACCGCCCCCGCCCGCCAAAAAACCCAGGAAAAGCACAACGGAGAAGCCCAAGGUCAAGGAGAUCAUCGACGAGCGCACCCGAGAGCGGCUCGUUUACGAGGUCCGGCAGAAAUGCAGGAACAUCGAGGACAUCUGCAUCUCCUGCGGGAGCCUCAACGUGACCCUGGAGCAUCCUCUAUUUAUCGGAGGAAUGUGCCAAAACUGCAAGAACUGCUUCUUGGAGUGCGCGUACCAGUACGACGACGACGGCUACCAGUCCUACUGCACCAUCUGCUGUGGUGGCCGUGAGGUGCUCAUGUGCGGCAACAACAACUGCUGCAGGUGCUUCUGUGUGGAGUGUGUGGACCUGCUGGUGGGCCCGGGGGCGGCCCAGGCGGCCAUCAAGGAGGACCCCUGGAACUGCUACAUGUGCGGCCAUAAGGGCGUCUACGGGCUGCUGCGGCGGCGGGAGGACUGGCCCUCGCGCCUCCAGAUGUUCUUCGCCAACAACCACGACCAGGAGUUUGACCCGCCGAAGGUGUACCCGCCGGUGCCAGCCGAGAAGAGGAAGCCCAUCCGGGUGCUCUCGCUCUUUGAUGGCAUCGCCACAGGCCUGCUGGUGCUGAAGGACCUGGGCAUCCAGGUGGACCGCUACAUCGCCUCCGAGGUGUGCGAGGACUCCAUCACCGUGGGCAUGGUGAGGCACCAGGGCAAGAUCAUGUACGUCGGGGACGUCCGAAAUGUCACCCAGAAACACAUACAGGAGUGGGGCCCCUUCGACCUGGUGAUCGGGGGGAGCCCCUGCAAUGACCUCUCCAUCGUCAACCCGGCCAGGAAGGGGCUCUACGAGGGCACCGGGCGGCUCUUCUUCGAGUUUUACCGCCUGCUCCACGAAGCCCGGCCCAAGGAGGGUGACGACCGGCCCUUCUUCUGGCUCUUCGAGAACGUGGUGGCCAUGGGGGUGAGCGACAAGAGGGACAUCUCGCGCUUCCUGGAGUCCAACCCCGUCAUGAUUGAUGCCAAAGAAGUGUCUGCAGCACACAGGGCACGGUACUUCUGGGGGAACCUUCCCGGGAUGAACAGGCCACUCGCGUCCACAGUCAACGAUAAGCUGGAGCUGCAGGAGUGCCUGGAGCACGGCAGGAUAGCAAAGGUCAGCCCCGGCACGCGGGACGCACCGGGCGGGAGCGGGGACAGCGUGGGGGGUCGCCGGGGGAGGCCGGCAGCGCUGCGUCCCUCGGGGCCGGCACCCUCCUGACCCUGCUCCCCGUUGUCCCCCCUCCCCGUGCCCCGCAGGGUCUUCGGCUUCCCGGUGCAUUACACAGACGUGUCCAACAUGAGCCGCCUGGCCCGGCAGAGACUGCUCGGCAGAUCCUGGAGCGUGCCGGUGAUCCGCCACCUCUUUGCUCCCCUGAAGGAAUACUUUGCCUGCGUUUAA